CUCCAUCAACGUCAUGUUUUGAGACCUCCUCAAUCACCAACCACCCACUUGUUUUCAAUACACAUCUGCGACUCCAUAAUUCUCCCACAACUGCCCCAUAUGUCUAAAUUGAGACCUCUAGUUUCUGGCCUGGCGCCCGCUGUACGUGUGUUCAGGAGAAUUAGCCGUGACGUCAAUCCCCGUCACCACGCAUUUUCUGCGCGCGUAUACAUAAGCUCUGCGUCUACAUACCACAGCUUAUCUUCCCCUACCACAUUUUAUUAUUCUACAAACUCCUCCAAAUUUCCGUAUCAUCUAUCCAAUACCCUUGCACAAAAGAGCCAAUUUGGAAAUCUUCGACAAAAGUCGCAAUCACGCAACAUGUCCAACAACGCCGACCUCCUCAUCAACAAGGUCUUUGAUGUCAAAGACAAAAUCGCCCUCGUCACGGGGGGAGGCUCUGGCAUUGGAUUGAUGAUCACGCAGACGCUUGCUGUCAAUGGCGCCAAAGUGUACAUUGUAGGACGUACCGAAGAGAAGCUGGAGAAUGUUGUGCAACAUCACGGGAAAGACAUCGCAGGACAGAUUAUUCCUAUCACGGCAGAUGUGAGAAGCAAAGAGGGCGUAGAGAAACUCGUCAAAGACCUCGAAUCAAAAGAGUCCCACCUCGAUAUUCUCGUCAACAAUGCCGGAAUCGCCGCGCCAAAAACCGAAACCACCGCCGAAACUCCCGAGAAGCUUCGCGAAAACCUGCUCAACCCCACAUCCGUAGACGAAUGGACAUCCCAAUACGCCACAAACGUCGUAGGCCCAUACCUACUUACCACCGGAUUCCUCCCUUUACUCAAUAAAGCCACUGAACACACCUACGGCUACUCCGGCACCGUCGUAAACAUAUCCUCCAUCAGCGGCAUGGUGCGCAUCUCGCAGGGUCAUUUCUCGUAUAACGCGAGUAAAGGCGCUGCUGUGCACCUCAACAAGAUGCUAGCUACCGAAAUCGCAAAAGCAGGGUUUAAGAUCCGGAUUAACAGUAUCGCGCCUGGUGUGUUCCCGAGUGAGAUGACGACGCAGGAGAGUGGGGAUAAUCAGAAGAGCAAGAUGCCCAAGGAUCACAAGGGCGGAUUGCCGAGUCAGAGACCGGGGAAUGAUAGGGAUAUGGCGGCGACGAUUUUGUUUGUUGUUGGAUGUCAGUAUUUGAAUGGGCAGACUGUUACUGUGGAUGGUGGGUAUUUGAUCCAGGCGGGGACUUAG